AUGCAAACCCGUUCUUCCUUCUCACCCCCUCACCGUUCCCCUUUUCUCCAUCCCAUCCCCCUACCCAUCCCCUUACCCAUCCCCCUACCCAUCCCCUUACCCAUCCCCCUACCCAUCCCCUUACCCAUCCCCCUACCCAUCCCCCUACCCAUCCCCCUACCCAUCCCCUUACCCAUCCCCCUACCCAUCCCCUUACCCAUCCCCCUACCCAUCCCCCUACCCAUCCCCCUACCCAUCCCCUUACCCAUCCCCCUACCCAUCCCCUUACCCAUCCCCCUACCCAUCCCCCUGCCGCCCCCCGGCUUCCCCAUGACUCCACCCCGGUCCUCCUCCUUUAUUUCCAACAUGCUGCCAGACGUGCUGAGGGAGCAGCUAGAGGGCAUGCAGCGAGGCGUGUACUUUGGAUGGGCUAGACUGCCACACCUGGAGAGCAACAGGACAACGGGUGAGGGAGAGGCGGUUAAGGAAGAGGAGGGGGAAGGAAAAGCGGGGAAGGGAGGGCCUCGGGUGUUCAAGAUGGUGCUGAACGUCGGCCGGCGACCCACGUUUGUUGACGGAGAUGACGUCACGGUGGAGGUGCACAUUCUAUCCUCGUUUGAGAAUGAUUUCUACGGUGAGGAGCUGCAGGUCGCUGUGCUGGGCUACAUCCGCCCGGAACGAAAGUUCUCUUCACUGGAUGACCUUGUAUCGCAGAUCAAAUCGGACAUUGCAGUUGCCACAGAACAGCUAGAUACCGACGCAUUUGCACCAUAUGCAAGAGACCCCUUCUUUGCAUAG